AUGGAAGCCUGGGGCUUACAACUGACUGUGCCAAGCACCUAUACUCUGCUGGAGUCUGGGGGUGAGAGUCAUGCUCCUCCGAUCACUGGCUCCCUUGUCAUCGCAGUUCCCUCUGCAAGCUUGAGAGCUUCCACCGAGAAUUUCCCCAAAUUUGAAAUUAGUUUCACGCGAUCAGUGACCCCUAAACCUUGUGAUGUCGCUGUUCCCAGCAACAAUAAGAGCUAUAGUUUUUUCUUCAAACGCAACCAGAAGCACAAAUCAUCAAGAAAUCAGAACUCUCCCCACGCGACCCCACCACCGGAGCCCAACGUUGAGACACUGGUACAAUAUGACCUCUGCCAUGCACCCGAUGAGAUAGACCCCCAAGAGGGCGAGAAUGAAACAUGGCUGAAAUUCAAUUUCUACCUCCCUAUUCCGAGCAAUAUCCCUCCGACAACAGAGACGAUCCUAGGGAGCGUGUCUUAUGCCAUCACUGCCACGGUAACACCGUCAACGAUAGCCAGCACGAGGAUACUGAAGGACACGCAGCAAAUAAAGGUGUCUCGCCGUGUAGUCUCUGAACAAACCCGGCAUAUCCGACAGUAUCCCGGCGAAAAGGUACUGACCGAACUAUCCCUAAUACCGAAUCAAUUAUACUCAGACUCGCCCGAGGAGAUGAAAGUAGCGUACUCUUUAGAAUGGGUGGCCCACUCAACCAUUGCAAAGGGAGCGCGAGACAUGGAAGUGAAGUACGUGGUGGGUAAAGAAUUGAAGUGGAAGGUGGAAGAGACCGUCAAGUACCUCUCCAUCUCGAGGGGUGGUAACCCACAAAGAGAGGCCGUAACAACAACCUGCAAGGAGCAGCGUGUACGGCAACUAUGCGAGGGAAAACAAAAAGGCCACUGGAUAGCAACUGGAGGGUUACAAGGAGGCGACCAUACGAUUGAGAUCCCGUUCGACGUCAACAUCCCAGCCAAAGCGAAGGCAGCAGAUGGGAUAGAUCUGUCUUCAUACCUAUGUCAUCACCAGGAAAAGGUCUGCAAUUGCAGUCCUACCGACAUAACCGGUGUUAUAGUCGAGCACAAUCUGUUACUGGAAGUUGUCACGGGCCAGGAUACCUUUGACGAGGCAACCGGAAGACUUGUAGAUCGCAGACCCCGGAUGAAGGCUUUCAACGCUAUCUUCCCUCUUUCUGUUCGGGACUUUAUCAGGAUUAUCCGUUCGACGCCCAGCACCUUGCUUGUCGACAAGGAUCAUACUCGCUUGACGAUCCAUACUGCCGCAGUGCAAAACGUCUCGGAAGGGUUGUACAUGCACAUGUGUGAUAAUUCGAUGAAGGAUUUUCCAUCCGAAGUUACGGUUCUUGAAGAUGUAGAGCCAGAGACAUUCAUUGGGUUCUGCGAAUAUGUGUACACUGGUGCCUAUGUGACUCCCGAGUUUACCUCGACUGAAUAUAAUGAAGAUGGCCUUUGUCUGGAAACACAGGCUGCUGGUGGUAUUUGA